GAUUUAUUAUAUCACAUCCAAAUAGACGUGUGUGUAUAUGUACUUCGGUACAUGCACAUAACAUCAACAGUAGUCGAAAUAGCAUCGGUACAUUAAUGUUGAAUGAAAUUAUUCAUCAAGUAGAAGAAAUAUAUAUUAUAUUUUUAUAUGUAAAUUACAAAAGCUAAGCAGAUUUCUUUGAUGUACGCAUACCUUACAACAAUAAACGAGGAGAAAGUGAUGAUAGAAAAUAUUCAUCGAUCGAAUUUCAAAUAAUAAAAAUAAAACAAGUGAACGAAUUUAGCAAAGAGAACAAAUUUGGCACAGCAGGAAGUGAGAAGGAAAGAAAAAUUCAAAAACAUGACAUCAUUACGUAAAGUCUCAUCAUUAAAUGGAAUUUAUAUUUUCACAAGUCUCUUUAUCCUCUCAAUUUUAACAAGUCCUUAUCGAUGUGAUAGUAGUGAUAGCAACCUCUCAUCGGGUAAUGUAAAUGUCACAAAUAAUUUUAUAAGCAACACUAAAACAAAUAGUAAAUCAGGAAUCGAUGGCGCACAGGCCACAUUAACCAAUGACGAUAUACAGAAUGGUCAACAGAUACCAUUAGUUAGACUACCAUCCAAUGUGCUACUGAAAUAUACCGCAUACAAGGAUGUUUCCAUACAGCAUUAUCUUAUGCCAGUGGAUACACGGAGUGCUACAUUUAGUUUCAAGUCAUAUGAGGAAUCGAAAAGUGCCUUAACUCGAGUAUGUCAACCACAAGAUGUAACAUUACACCUAAAAGCCGGCAGCUAUCCAGUGAUAAGCCCAGAGAACAUUACCUUUCCAAAGCACUUUUUAAGUGCUGAACAAAGGUACGAGAUUUACACACUUCAAUUUAAAUCAGAUGGAGUGACACGUCGAAUGACAAUUGAUGGACCACAACCGGACAAUUGGUUUGCUGUCGCAUUCAUUUCAUGGACAGAUCCGAACAAUGAUAGAAUCGAGCAGCAAGGACUAUCGCCAUCAUGCGAGACAAUACUAUUAUCAGAAAUGGCAGUCACACGAGCAUCAUCAAAGAUACUCAAUGCCGACGUGGAGUUUAGUGACAUUCUCUACACAAACGUAAGCACACCAAAUAGCUAUAAAUUUUUUGUGCCACGUAAUGUCGACAUAUGUAUAUUCAAAAUGACAAUCACGAAGCCGUGCGAUGAAUGCAAGGAUAUGAAUUUUUCGGUCCAAUCUCGAUCACUGCCAACGUCAAAGAGCUAUUUGCAUAGUACGAUUAUCAAUGCUAGUCAUAUAAAUGAUGAGGUAAUUGAAUUCUAUCCGCAUGAAAAUGCCUGGCAUUAUGUCGAUGUGAAAUUCUUUGAGCAACAAAAUACAUUUGGCGAUGCAUCAGUGCAUAAAAUGAAUACAUCAUCAACAAUCAUGUCGUCUUCAUCGAGGCCACUUAAUCCAAAUAAUAGUAAUAAUAACAAUAAUUCUAAUAAUUCUAAUGCCGUCCAUCAUAUUGAGUAUAACAUGACGAUUGAAUUUCAACAUAGAAAAAUAACUGAGAAUGAGAAUCAACAGCAGCAAAAUAUCGAUGAUGUUGUUGCCGAUGAUGAGAAUGAUGAUGAUGAUGAUCAUGAUAGUAAUUUCAUUAUUUAUGGCGGUGACAAUUCAAAGGAUUUUACGAGAUACAUUCCACCGAUGCCAAAACAUCGUGCUUUUUAUGAGUAUCCAUUACUGCGUCAAACAUACAGAGAAUUUUUUAUGUACGAUUAUGAUUUAGUACCCGAUGCAAAUGGUAGUGUCCCAUUGUCAAUUAACCUUACAUCGCGUAUGCCAACAUUGAUGAAAUUCGAAAUAGGUGAUGUUUAUGAUAUUGGCGGUACGGUUACAUUUGCACUCGCCAUGAAAUCUGACAUAAUGGGUAGUAUGGCUGAAUCGUCGUCAUCGACAUCGUCCAUUCACAUUGAUUUAAAUGGUGAGCCAGCAAUUGCUGAAAAACUCACAGCUGAGGAAAUGAAAUUUACCAAUCAAACUGUGAUUGUUUGUAUAAGAUUAAAUGAACCAGGCAUACCGACAUGGCCCGAUAAAUGUACGUACGGACGGCAUGUAUUCACAGCAAAUGCUAUUAUUAAUAAUACAAAUGAGGAUACCGGAACGUCUGUCGUACACAUUCCAUUUCCUGAAAGCGGUUCUUGGUAUGUAACAUUGGGACUUUUUUGUCAUGGCGAGACAAUUGAGGCAACGGCACGUACAACAAUUAUUGAUAGCGUAAAAACAUUUAUACGCUACAAUAGACAAAUGCUCAAAUCAUUUAAUUCACAAUGCUCAUGUGUAAAGGAAUUGAAUUUAAGUCAUUAUCGUGAAUGUUUGGACACUCAAGCAUGUCUGAGUCGUAUGAAUGAGACUGAGACAUUAAAAAUUAAAGAAUGUCUCAUGGAUGCAAAAUGUACGGCCGCAGAACAUGUAAAAUUGUCAAAAGCAUUCGAUAUUCAUCACAAGCGUGCAACAGAACAGUCAGUGAAUGGAAAAAGUAUUUUGGGAUGUAGUGACGCAAAUUGCAAUACGAGCAUUGCAUUUACGCUCGCAUCAAAUCCAUGUGUUACAGGACGAUGCGGUCGUAAUGGUAGAUGCUAUCAUUAUAUGAGCGGUGGUUUUGUAUUUUCAACAUGUUUAUGUCUAAAAUUCUAUAGAGGAUGGGAUUGCACGGAAGAUUCACAAGUGCCAUCAUCUAUUUCGAUUCUAGCGGCAAGCUUGAUGUUAACACUUAGCAAUUUGUUAUUUAUUCCGAGCAUUUAUUUUGCUAUACGACGUGGAUACUAUACAGAAGCCAUUAUUUAUUUCUUUGCUAUGUUCUUCUCAACAUUCUAUCAUGCCUGCGACUCCGGUGAUGAAGAAUUUACAUUCUGUCUGGUGAAAAUAAGCGUCUUACAAUUUUGUGAUUUCUAUUGUGGAUUACUGGCAAUAUGGGUGACUCUUAUUGCUAUGGCAAAUGUUAGGCCAAUUUUCGUCUCAUUGCUACAUAUGUUGGGUGCUAUUCUAUUAGCAUUCGGUACCGAACUUAAUAAACAAUCAUUAUGGGUCUUCUUGGCGCCAGCAUUAAGCGGCAUUUGCAUCGUCUCAUUCAGUUGGACAAUGAAAUGUCGAAAACAUAAAAAAGUUUAUCCGUCAAAGAAAUAUUUUGCUAUUUAUUUGCCGCUUGGAAGCAUCCUUGUUAUGAUUGGCCUGAUUUGUUAUGCUUUCCUCCAAACGAAGCAAAACUAUCACAUCGUCCAUUCAAUUUGGCAUAUGGUUAUGGCCAUGAGCAUUUUGUGUUUGCUUCCAAAACGAAAAAUGUUUGAAACAAAAUGCUAGCAAAAGGCCACGAUAUAUCUUUUGGAUUCUGACAAUUCAUUUAAUUCCGGCUCAACAUUAGCUUCAACAUUGGCAUCUUGAUCGUAAGCUGUAUCUUCUAUACACUCAUAGUCUCUAUUUUUCCACAUUCCUAUUCCCGUUAUUCCCCUUCUCCUUCCUUUUUCGAUGUCAUACAUACAGCAUAACACACAUAUAUAAUACAUACGACAGCAAAAUGUGUUGCCAAUAUCCAAAAGAUAUAAAAAGCACAAAAUAAGAAGAAUGGAUGAAAGGGAGCAAAUGGCAAAUGGCAGAUGCAAUAGCAAACAGCAGUAGCAACAACGACGACACACAAGAAGUUGAGAAAGAGGGAAAAAAGUGUGUCAACAAACUUUUAGAGAAUUAAUAAUGCCAUCAUGAAUCAUCUAUUUUCAAAAAAAAAAAAUAAAAAGAAACAAGUCUAUAAAGCCUUAUGAAGUACAUUAUAAGUUUUAAAGUCACUGUAAAAAUACACAAAAAAAAUAAUAAUAAUGAAAGCACGACUAAUGGUGGCAAGGAUUAGACUUCCAUAAGUUUUGAUUGAUGAAUGAAGGGUCAAUGGGGUUGUAUUGGCAAAAGACUAGAUGUUUAUCCUAGUAUGACAAGAGUUUACCCUAGAAAACGACCUGUAAUAGCUGAUUUAGAAGAUAAAGCAAAUUACGAAAAUGAAUGUUGCAGAUAAGGUUGUAAAUAAAAACAGAGACUGGUUUCUAAUGCUACUUGAGUUAGAAAGCAGUCCCAGCAUCACUGUUGCGUUAGAUUAGUUCAUUCAGCUACUAUCUCCAUCUAUCCAAAAACGGAAGGUCUAACCUUGCUGUCCUUAGCGUGGAAGCCUAUAUAAAAAUAUGAAUAAUGUCAAAAGCUUAUAAUGGUACUCAACUGAUAAAUGAACUCUUCGUUUCCAUCUCCACAUCAACAUAUUAUUGUUGCAUACUCUCAUUCUCGUAUGUCGUAUUUGCUCUCAUAUAUGUCAUCCUAUUCAAUGAAAAUGAAUCGCAAACAAGGAAUUUAACAAAAAAAAAAGAUGAUGAUGAUGAAUAUAAAUGCAUAUGUUAGUUAAUAUGAGUAUAAAAAAUGUAGAAGAAAAAAAAUGCAACAGAAUCAUUCAUUUCGAGAUGCAUUUCGCGGUAUAAUGAACUUUCUUUUUUUGUAUAGUUUUUCAUUCUAUUUUGCGCAUUUCAAAGUUUCUUUUCAGUUCUUUUUGAAUC